UUCAAAAUUGAUGGAAAUAGUAGUGUCAUAUCUCUGAAAGAAGGUCAUAGUCUGGACAGGGAAAAUAUGAGUGUUAUCACAUUAGUUGUCAGGGCAUACCAGGUGGAUAAACCUGAAUUUCGUCGUGACAUUGCUAUGGUAGAGAUCAGCAUUACUGAUGUCAAUGAUAAUGCCCCAGUCAUGUCUCAGGCUAGCUAUACUGCCUCCAUUCCAGAAAACAUGAAGAAUGGGCAGGUUGUCACAUGGGUUAAAGCCACAGAUGCUGAUGAAGGACCAAAUGCUGAGUUUGUAUAUAAAUUGGAGAACUGCAACGGAUCUUUUGAAAUUAACCAAGCUGGGAGUAUUAUUGUUAAAAACAGUACACAGUUGGAUAUGGAGAAAACUCGGCAAUUUAACUGUAUAGUUUAUGCACAAGAAAGCAAAACAGCAGAGAGAAAAAUCAGUAGCAGAUCUUCUUUGACAGUAAACCUAACUGAUGUCAAUGACAACAACCCAGAGUUCGUCAACAAAAGCUACAGUUUUAAGGUUACAGAUAACCCAACUGAACAAACAGCCAUUGGACAGGUGAAUGCAAAUGAUGCUGAUGUCUUUAAGUCUACAAAUGGAUAUGUAACAUAUGAAUUAAGUGUCCAAAAAGAAAAUUUAUUUAAGAUGAAUGAUAGCACUGGAGAAUUAUAUUCUUUAAAUAAUCCUCUGUAUGAUUGUGAAAGAUCCACAAAACUUCCGAAAUCUGUGGAGUUAGCUGUGACAGCAUCAGACAGCCCUGAGGACUCGGGAACUGAAAGGAGGACAACAGUGAGUGUGACAGUCAACAUACAGACCAAUCUCUGUCCCCCUGUCCUGUCUAUCGUAGGAAGUAAUGUAUCCAGUCAUUCAAUACCUGAGGACAUAACACCAGGAUCCCCACUGCUCACCAUUCAGGUUUUUGAUGCAGACCCAGAUGACUCAUCCCUUUUCUUUGACAUUAGUGGUGAUCAUGAACCCUUUCAACUCAACAAAACCAGAAAAAAUAAUAUGGUUCAGUUGUCAGUCAGCAGUGCACUCGACAGAGAAAGAAAAGAACAAUACAGCUUCACAGUGCAAGCUAAUGAUACAAAACAUGUGAUAUCGUGGAACUUUACAUUUGACAUCACUGACGUCAAUGAUAACGCUCCAGUCUUUAGCCAACUGAAGUACAGUGUAAAUAUUACGGAGGAGACAACUCAGAAUACCAUUAUAACAGUACAGGCAACAGACAAUGAUUUGCAAAAUACAGAUAAUUCCAAUAUAACCUACACCUUGGUGCCAUCAAAGUGGAGUGAUAAAUUUACAAUCGAUGCUUCAAGUGGAGCUCUUAACCUUGUGAAAAAGAUAGAUGCUGAUGAAAUGGGUUCCAACAAGACUCUAGAGCUAGUGGUUAUAGCAAAGGACCAGGGAAUUCCAUCGUUAAAUAGCACCACAUUGAUACAUGUCACCGUAGAAGAUAUCAAUGAUCAUCCACCAGUAUUCAGCGAAGCUCCUCAGAAUCUUAUAUUUACAUUUAAUGAAACAGAAAACCCCCAAAAUUUCUUCACGGCGAAGGCCACUGACAAGGAUGCAGACGAUAAAGUGUUCUAUAAACUGACAAAUGCAACAGAAGCAUUCCAUAUCAAUAAAAGAACAGGACGAUUGUCAGCAAACAGAACCUUACAAUGGAGUGAUAGAGGUGUGGUUGUGAUUGAGGCUUACAAUGGCAGAAAUUACAGUAAUAAAACAAUACAGAAUCCUAAACUUUUCAUUGAGAUCAAUAUUAAGGAUAUUAAUAACAAUAGUCCAGUUUUCACCCCAAAUAGCUAUGCGGAGAAUAUUAGUGAAGGUUCUCCUGUGGGAUCAGAGAUUGGCAGUGUUAAUGCCACUGAUUCUGAUUGGUCAGAAGAAUUUGGGUCAGUUUACUACUGGAUAACAGAUGGAAACUCCGAGAGCCAUUUCUUUCUGAAUGAACUCAACGGUACCCUGUACCUGGCUAAUACUACUGAUUACGAAAAGGAGACAAAAUACAACCUCACAAUCACCGCUUUAGAUUCAAGGGAGCUAAGUCAGACUAUAACCAAUCACAGAACUACUGCCUUCUUUGUUAUCAACAUUCUGGAUGUAAAUGACAACUCUCCCAAGUUUACACAGGACUUGUACCAGUGUAGUGUUAAGGAAUCUACUCUAGAUUUUGCCUGCCAAGUAAAAGCUGAGGAUAAAGACCUCACAUCGGAUUUCAGCCAAAUUGAUUAUCAGUUGGUUAAUGGAUCCGACAGUAAGUUCCAGAUAAUCGGUGAUGGAGAAAUAAAACUGAAGCAGAUGAUGGAUUAUGAUGCCGGAGAUCACAGUUUUAUUCUUACUGUAAAGGCCAUUGACAGAAAUGAGAGCAGUCUCACAAGGUAA